AUGCGAGGACUCAAAAAAUUAAUUCCGACAAAAUCAGAAACUUUCAGAAAAGUGGAAGCAGCAGGCAAAAAAGUGGUCAAGCCUCUGCAUAAAAGCAUACACGCCUCGAUUGUACUUAUAAUAUUUCUCAACUCGUGCUUCAUAUCUGACUUUUUGGUGGGCGAACAAGAACCUACUCGCAUGCUGUUUUUCAAGCGCAAUACAAGACCAAGAUGGCUUUUAGACUUUCUGAAAAGAAACUUUUACUUCAACGACACCAAAACCGCGUUGAUAAUGACAGUGAGGCUGAUCUUCUCCAGUCUGCUAAAAGACUUUAUUCUGCUGAUCUUUGGGCAGGGCGAUAUCCGCGAACGGGUGCGCAAGCUGCCGGAAAUUCUCGAUGAGCAGAAGGUCGUCGAUUCUUACAUUGAUAAACCAGGAUCAAGAAUGAGGAAGAAAAAACAAGCUAUUCGGGAAGCUCAAGAAAAACUGAACAUGAAAGUGCUCUCCGACUCGGAAUUCGAAACCGAGCACACCUUCCUCUACCGCUCGGCCAUUCCAGCCGUCGACAUGACCCUCGAUGCUGGCCAGUUCGUUGCGAAAACGACCAAGACGUUUUCCGAUCAAGCGCUGGAUUUUUCGAUCAAAGUGGCGAAGAAAAUAGCUCAAGUGAUUUGGACCGUUUUUCGCGUGGCGAUUAUUUCUUGCUCCAGUGUCGCGGUUUUGGUUUUGUACACGAUUCAGCUCGUUAUUCGGAUUAUUUCAAUUGUUUAUGACAUCAUCGAGUCGCUCCUCCGCUACAUCCGAAACUUCACCUCCGAUCUAUCCCUCGUCGCACUGCACAUCAUCAAAGCCGUCACAGGCGACAACGUCUCCCUCGUCCAGAGUUCCGAAAAACUCCCUCCUUCUGCCCGAAGAUUCAGCAACGCGAAAAGCUCUUCUACCGAGCCCGACUCGACCGAUAGUGAAGGAGAAGUGGAAAAUUACGAACCGUCUUUGGUCAAAGAAAUUUCGAAAGGAGUCAUUUCAUAUUUUCAAGGAAGCGAAAAAGGAGAUGAUGAGGCAAAAGAAGCCCCAGCAGAAAACGAAGUUAUAAACGAUAACGCUUCCUUAUCAUCAAUUUCCGAGGUCGACGGACCCGCCCUAGCUACCGGCCAUUUGCCUGGGGUCGGCACUCAACACCAAAAUCUCGACCAUUUGCCUCCAACCGUCGGCCAGCAGGUCUUAUCUGGAUCCGAAAGUGAAAGCUCAGCCAUCAAAAUGCUUUUGCGCGAAUUGCGAAGAAGAGAAGAAGAACGAGUGAGCCAAGAGCUUGCAAAGAAGCCUUUGCAUAAUUACUUUGGAUAA